AUGGCUUUCAGGACACAGCAGAACUUUAAUGAUCUCAGCUCAAGUGCCUCUGAAAGCAGCUAUUUCAUUAUCCCAGAUCAACUCCUGAUCAAAAAAAUCGUGUCACAAAUAGAGUUCUACUUUUCAGAUGACAACUUGUUCAAAGAUUUGUUCCUCCUGAGGCAUAUACAAAGGAAGAUGGGAUUUGUGAGCAUAAAACUUCUGACAAGUUUAAAAAAGAUGAGAUGUUUAACUUGUAACUGGCGAGUGACCCUUUAUGCUCUGCAAUUCUCGAAGUUGCUGGAACUCAAUGAAGAUGGGACCAAAGUGAGGAGGAAGAAGCCUAUCCCAGAAACCUUUGUAAAUGUCCCUCUAAACAAGACGCUCCUUGCAUGGAAUGUCAUUUCAUGUGAAGAAUCCGCUAGUUCUUCAAUCCUGCUUCAAGAAAACUUUCUGGAUACACUCACAAAACUGUUCGGGCCUUUUGGUGACAUUGCCUGCAUACGCAUCUUCAGACCUGGCAAAAAGCUUCCCUCCGCAGUGAAGAAAUCUACCACUUCUUAUCCUGAGCUUUUGAGCAGAUGGUGUGCAUUGGUGGAAUAUGAAAGGUUGAAGAGUGCUCAAAAGGCUUUUGAAGGGCUUCGCCACAAGCAGUUCUGUUCUCCUGGGCAAAGCAUCAAAGUGAUCAACCUCUCUACUCUCAAAAGGACCAAUGUGGUCAUUCAAGAAGAUAGUGAAAAGAUUGAAGAGAUACUAAAGCCUUUUACAAAAUGGUCCAACAAGUUACCAGAAGGCCCCGAAGACUUCUCCCCCCGCAGUUCAUCUACAGAACCAGAUAGUAUCCGAGUUUCUACUCCUAUCGUUCCUUGGAAUUUCUCCUCUCCUCCAGUCAUGUCUACAACUAAGCCUUACAACUCAUCAGGUCAGGCCUAUAAACCAAUUUCCUCUAGCCGAUCACAUGCAGACGCUGUAGAAUCAUGCAAACCUUUGUCAAAGCCAUUAUGCCCCUCACCUAUUUCUGCACCAAAGUCAGGCACAUUAGAAUUACAGAAACCAUCCAAUUCCUUCUCGGGCAAUAGAGUAGGUCCAGGAAACAUGGGGACACCAAAGUGGCGUAACCCAGAGUCUUUAAAUUUACGCCCACCUUCCACAAUCUUCCAUAAACCAGAAGUUGUUUGUCCUACAGUGGUCCACCUUCCUCGAGGGCCUGAUGGGACCAGGGGUUUCCCCAAUAUCAGAGGGAGAGGGAGAGGUUUCUUAUAA